AUGGUCAACCAAUCCAGGCAAUUCUUCGUCGGAGGCAACUUCAAGAUGAACGGGAGCGUCAAGAGCGUCUCGGAUUUGAUCAAGGGGAUGAACGAGGCCAAGUUGGAUGGGAAGACUGAGGUCGUGGUCGCCCCUCCCGCCUUGUACCUCCUCCAAGCCUCUAAAGAAGUCCAACCCCCCAUCCAAAUCUCCGCCCAGAACUGCCACACGGCCGCCUACGGAGCAUUCACCGGCGAAAUUGCUCCUGCGCAACUCGUCGACGCCCAGAUCCCUUGGGUUAUUAUUGGUCAUUCCGAGCGAAGGCAGAUGUUUGGGGAUACCGUGGAGUUUGUCGCGGACAAGACCAAGGCGGCUGUGGAGGCUGGUUUGAAGGUUAUCUUGUGUAUUGGAGAGACGCUCGAGGAGAGGAAGGGGGAGAAGACGGAUGAGGUUAAUCAGAGGCAGUUGCAGAGCGUUGUGGAUGUGCUCGAUGAGAAGGCUUGGAGCGACAUUGUGAUCGCUUACGAACCCGUCUGGGCCAUCGGGACCGGUCUUACCGCCACCCCCCAACAAGCUCAAGAGGUCCACGCCUCGCUCCGAAAAUGGAUGGCCGGCAAGGUCUCUCAAGAGGUCGCUGACAAGAUCAGGAUCAUCUACGGGGGGAGCGUCAACGGGAAGAACUGCCGAGAGUUGGCCAAGGAGGCCGAUAUCGAUGGGUUCCUCGUCGGUGGAGCGUCGAUCAAGCCCGAGUUUAUCGACAUUUGCAAGGCCGCCGAGUAG